AUGUUACAGAAAUGGCACGACCAGGAGACUGCGGAGGUUUUACAACCCCAAACAGACGAAGCUGCUUCGGCCUCCGCCGACAAAAGGGACCGGGAGCCCACUCCAUCCAAAACGCCAAGGCAAUUGAAAAAGGCCAGAACAUCAGCCGGAUUGCCUCCCCCAGCGAGAACCAGCGAGACAGAGGUUGUUAUCAACUACAGUUCUCGGAAGGUGAAAGUGAAGUGCCAGGAUGAUGUGGCAGGUAUUGUCGAGAACUUGGCAAAGAGGAACUUUCGGACUGCAGCCAAUCUAAUCGCACAAAACAGUGAAGUGAUGGAGGAGGUACAAGACCGUGUGUUGGAGGAAGUGGAGGUUGAGUGUCGGACGCUCUGCAACCAGCAAAAUCAUUUCAUGCUGUGGAGGGCAACCGCUACUGAUCUUCAAUCUUUUUCCUUCCACGACUUACACGCUGACCUGAAGAGGCUGUCCCCUUUCCUGUUCAGCGUGCUCGCCAAAAUAUCCAAGGACUCCCUACCACACAUUUGUGCCGCAGCCUCCAUCGCCUUACGGGGAAGAGAGAACCGGUUAUCAGCCCUGGCCUACUACAUAAAUGCUGUGUUGUUAUACGGUGGAGCAAAGAAGGCAGCAUUCCAGCGACUCUCAAAACUGGGCAUCUGCACAAACCAUGACAAUGCAAUUGCCAAAGAAAAAGAACUGGCUCAGCGCUGUGAGAGUCCUGUGAAAUCACUAAAAAUUGAUUUAGAGUCCUUCCUGAUCCAGAGGAAUAUUCAAAGAGGCCUACCAUCAUCAGGCGCAACGGCACACGCCAUCACGACAAGUUCUGACACAACCACCACCAACACAAGCCCGGUCACAGCAAUCAUCCCUGCCACAUCAGCAAGCUCUGCCACAACUACCAACACAUCAACAGGCACACCUGCAAGUGCUGAGGGGAAUGCCCAGGAUACAUUCACUUUCAGCGACCUGACCGUAGAAGACAUGGAUGAUUUGGGUGUUGCUCCAUUGUCUGCUACGGUUCAUCCAUCCUCUCCAGCGCCGGCACCUCCAACAUACUCCAUAGUAUUUGACAAUCUGGACUUCUACAAGCAGACACAUCAUCAGUCUGUCCAUCACUCCAACAAGUCUAUACACUGGAUUCACCACAUGUGUGUCAUCGACAGAGUCAAUUCACUCCACCUGGACGAACAAAGCAGUGCAGACGCUUUGAUGUCUUAUGCCGUUGGCCAUUCACUCCCCAAUACUGACACGCAAGAAAGUCUACGAAGAGAAUAUGUCGUCUUGGGUAGUCGCAUCCUGACCCAGUAUUUGGAGGCAUUCAAGAGCUUGGCAAGUGUCGUGAUCAAACAUAUUCCACACCAGUUCUCCGAAGAGAUGACCCAGCCCUCUACACAUUACCCACUUGGACUUCUAAUGAAGAAUGAGACCCAAACGGCUGAACUGAUUGAUGUGCUCCAGCAUCUUCAUCAACAGUAUGUCCCAAAACUCCCCGGUGGACCACACAAGAUUUUGGUUGGGGGCGACCGCCUGACAGAGGGGAAUUGCCGGAAUGCCCAGAUAUGUUUUUUAGAAGGACGGGACGAAGAGGAACGGCUGGAGGGACUUGUCUUCAAAUUCGAAGACUGGCAUGCCAUCCGUAACCUCUUUGAGAUCUAUCAUCAGAUCUUCUUCGCUGAGGCAUCAGCAAAAGACCAUGGCACACUAAUCGCCAACAUGAAUCUUUUAAGGAGUCUCUCAAGGGAGUCUUUCCUUUACGAUGAUCCUCGCCAACCCAUGACGGUGGCGUGGAUGUAUGAACUGUGCAUGUCCAAGAAAGCAUAGCCACCAUGAACUAAGGCUGCUUUUCCUCGGGGCCGUUUGGGGAGUGGGGUUAUUAGUACCAGUAAAUACUGAAAAACAGGUGAGGUGUCUUCUGGGUAAGACAGAGUUUGCAUUGAGCACUUCAACUAAUACAAAUGAGAUGCAAUGGAAAGGAUGACUGUGAGUGUGAGUAAUAACCAAUGUGAAUUUUAAACAAUCACGAUGUCUGCGUGCUGGGUGUAAGUGUGUGUGUGUGUGUGUGUGUGUGUGUGUGUGUGUGUGUGUGUGUGUGUGUGUGUUGCCAUGUCUGUCUCUUUUUUGAGUACUUAUUUCUUAUGUGGUCAAAAUCAAUCAAAUCUCUGUUGAAUGACUUUUGCACACUGACUAAAUGUAGUACAAUUUGACUGUAAUCUGAUUUGAGAUUCUGCAUUAACAUUUUUUGCAAUUACUGUUGGAUAACAUUAAUAUGAUUUACAGGUGCAGCAAUGCCAAAAAAAGGUCCACGUGCAGCUUACAAUGCAUAUAAGCAAUUUGUUGAGAUGGACACAACUGCACUGUUCCUUGCUGCAGCUAUGGAGCAUUUCAAGUUGGAUGAUGUCACAGCCACUGCUGGAGUUGUGCCAGACCACAUUCGACAGGGCGCUGAGGAGGUGAAAAGGACCUGGCUCCAUGACUCUGU